GAGUAGGGAGUAGUGGUAGGACUGGUUUGCUGUGCAUCAGGAUCAGGAUUUCCACCCAACGUGCAAGUGAAAGAUGAGAAGUGUUAAAUCAGAUUAAAUUUCGCAAUUAUUACAGCGACACCCGUUUCAAACGAACAGCAAUGUGACGAAAGUAAUUACAAGCUUUAUUCGUAGUCGAUUUUUAAAUUUACCACACCGGUCACACAAAAAAACAGCUUUCCGGUUGUAAGAGAGAGAGAAAAAAAGAUAAUGCAACAGAUUCAAAAUGGCCCUUGGAUACAGGCUGAACGUGGAAUGGAUGAAAAAUGCAUGCUAUAAUUAGGAGUUAAUUAGGGAUCUCUUUUUUAAUUUUUUGUUACGCUACUGUAUGAGCUUAAUGGGCGGAUUUUUUUAUGUGGAAGAUAAACUUAUUUUCUUAUCGAGUGAAAAUGUGCUUGUGUAAUUGCAGCGUAUUUUGAGAGUGGAUUUGUUUUUUAAUCUACUUUCUGUUUUAUUUUUUAUAACAGUUGAAAAAAAUGAUGUGUUCAUGGUUAUAGAAACAGCAAGUGAAAGUGUAUCUGUACGAUAUGGUUUGGAAAGUGUGCACAACUAUGGUUCGAAGUGCCAUAAACAAACGAUAAGUGUAUCUGAUGGUGAGAGUAUGUGUACAUUAAGGUUUUAAGAAAAAUGCUAUCCCCAUCGCUACAGCUCGUGUCGUGUUGUGGAUAAUGUAUUAGCAGUGUAGUGUUCUAUUCACCGGAAAGUUACAUGGGAGCAAGACCGAGAAAUUGAUCUAUCAUUAAUGAGGCGGUUGAAACAAUGAGAGAAGGAGUGGGAAGAGAUGCUAAAUAUCACUCACCGAUGGUGAAGAACUGAAAUUGAAACGAGCGGAGUUUCAUGUUACUGUCGUGUUGGGCAUCAGGUGCAGGUUAGUACGGAACGCGCCACAAAUGUUGCACUACCUGGUUCCUGAUACUUAGGCAUAGAGGGAAGAAGAAAGGUUGCAUUAGCACAAGCGAAACAGAUAACUAGAGAGAGAGAAAUAGAAAGGAAAGCAAUCGAGCAAAGGAAUCAUCCAAUGAAAUGGUGUGGUAAGGGAAAUUGGCGUGCUCUCCAGGACCAUAUUCCAUCGAAGGAGAUGUUCCUAUGGGGUGGUCAAAUCAAAUUACGACUCUGAAAUCAGUGUCCCGCCAGUACGAGUAGACUCCAGAGUCGUAACCAUAGUCGUAUCUUUCGACUAGAGCUCCUCCAACGCCCAUUGAGUGACUACCCCAGAGAUAGAGAAAGAGAGAAAGGCGCUGCCCAUCCAUGGUGUAUGUCAUGAUGCCUGCGACAGAGAACGAAACGUCCCUUGGCUGGAAUGGCGGCUGGGAGUCGCCGGACUACUUUCGACUUUUCGGCGAGAGCGUCUACAAUGACACCGUGCUGGAUGUGCGGGUACCACCGGACACACCGGCACCUACCGUCAGCGUCUCGACGGUGGCUACCAUGCUAUCCAACGCGUCCUCCAAUGUUGCCAGCAACGACACUGACCAGUACUAUGCGGAUGAUCCGGCCCCCUACAACGAUUCGCUGGAAUCGCCUAUAAGCGAUAGCACCGACUCGCGGGGUUCCAUCUUCGAACUGCUAGCCGAGGAUAUCGGGUCGAUCUUCUACAACGCUAACGGGACGUUCGGGAAUGACACGACCGGUCUGGCCGUAAACUGUUCCCUUUCCAACACGACCUGCAUCGGACCAACGGAAGCAAAAGAGUAUCACUACUGGUGCCUGAUACUAGUGUUGUUCCCAAUCCUGACGCUGUUUGGCAAUGUGCUGGUGAUAUUGGCUGUUUGUCGUGAACGAACCUUACAGACAGUGACCAAUUAUUUUAUAGUGUCAUUGGCGAUAGCCGAUUUGCUGGUGGCCGUAGUCGUUAUGCCGUUUGCCGUGUACGUUCUGGUGAACGGUGCAUGGACGCUGCCAAAUUUUGCUUGUGAUUUCUACAUAGCUAUGGAUGUGAUAUGCUCAACGUCGUCGAUAUUUAAUUUAGUUGCAAUAUCAAUAGACAGAUACAUCGCCGUAACACAACCAAUCAAGUACGCAAAACAUAAAAACAGUCGCCGGGUGUGUUUGACGAUCCUUCUCGUGUGGGCAAUAUCGGCAGCGAUCGGAUCGCCGAUAGUGCUGGGACUGAACAAUACGCAAGACCGAUCACCCGACCUCUGCGUAUUCUACAAUACCGAUUUUAUAGUGUACUCUUCCCUUACUAGCUUUUAUAUCCCGUGUAUCAUAAUGGUCUUUUUAUAUUGGAAUAUUUUUAAGGCAUUGCGGACGCGAGCGAAAAAGCAGCGAGCCGCCCGGAAGCCGCACCUCUCGGAGAUCACCGCCGGUGGCAGCAUCAUCGAGAACAUUGCUCAAACAAAACGCCUAGCGGAAACGCAACUAGACGGCAGUACGCGAAGCGGUUCCAAGAUCCUUCCGGACGAGGAACGGCCCACCAACACGGCUUCCGGCUCCAAUGAGGAAGACGACGAAAAUGCCGGGUCUCCUGACAUUGACGACUGUCAUGUGAUUGUGAACGAUAAAUCAACUGAAUUUAUGUUGGCUACGGUCGUGGAGGAGGCGGGAAAUGUGGUGGCACAAAUUGCGACAACGCAACAGGUACCGUCCGAUCCCAACGGAAACCACGACUCGGGCUAUGCUCCAUCCAGCAUUGCCGAUGCCCUGGCGGUAAAUGCAACCCCACCGGAAAGCCUGAACGUGACCGCUACGGUGAUUGUAAAUAAAAGUGCGACGAUUCGAAGUCGAAACGGUUCGCCACGGAAGGAAGCAAGUGUGACCUUAAAACCUCUAUCGUUAGUUAGAUGCGGUGUCCAACAGGCACUGACACUGAAUCGGAACGAUUCCACCUUAUCAACGAACUCGCGGGACAGUUCCAGGAAAGAUAAAAAGAAUACUCAAGCAUCCAGGUUUACUAUCUACAAAGUAAAUAAAGCGUCGAAAAAGAAGCGAGAGAAAUCGUCAGCCAAGAAAGAACGCAAAGCGACCAAAACGUUAGCGAUAGUCUUAGGAGUGUUCUUGUUCUGCUGGGUACCGUUCUUUACCUGCAACAUUAUGGACGCGAUGUGCGCGAAGCUUGACAAGGACUGCCGGCCAGGCGUCACGAUAUUCAACCUUACCACGUGGCUCGGCUACAUGAACAGCUUCGUCAAUCCUGUCAUCUACACAAUCUUCAAUCCCGAGUUCCGGAAAGCAUUUAAAAAGAUCAUGCACAUCGAGUGAGUGGGACGGAUCGGACCGGGCGCCCGUGGUGGUGACCGGGACGAUGACGAAGCGGAACGAGGCAACGGGGUCAGCAUGGCAGUGCCGGAACCGGUACGCCGUAACACUUCCCAACGACGCAACGUUACCUGGAGCUAGCCAGAAGCCACCGUCGAGCGCAGGGAGCAGGGUCGCUCACACGAACCUGAGCCGAGCUGUGCCGACGGUGGACAGAGGAACGGGAUCGAGAGCAAACUCUCCCCGCAACCCUCAACGAGCCAAUGUCAGUCGACGUCUACGAAAGCGUCAAACAGGAAGAAAGUGAAAGGUAGGGGGCCAUUUUAUUUAUUUGCUGCCAGCCACUGGCGGGCGGUAGAGAACUCUCCGGAACUGGAUCGGAGUCCGGUUGUGGUGUAGUCCGGUCGAGAUUGUAUUUAUUGUGCACUGUAUCUGCCAAGAGGAGAGGAAACGACGGGAUGUCAGUGGUUUAUACAAAUCUUACAAAGCAUUCCGAUGAUACAAUACAACAGACCACCAUAGUUCUAUCCUGACCAGCUGCUCCAUUUCCCCCGGACUGCGAGUGGCAAACAUAUCGACAACUGUACUCGCCGACCACUCACUAGACUGGCACAAUAAAUCCUUCAAUUCCAUCAUGUGAUCAACCGGAAGGAUGACACCCUAAGCUACUCUCCUUCCGCCAACACAGAAACCAUCUGGGCAUUCUAGCAAACACUGGUGGCUCAAGGCAUGGUGGAGGGGAGAAGAUUUUUGUUAGUUUCGUUUCAUCAGCACGAUUCAGAUUCGAUUUCAACCUUCUUCGCUACUCGAAGCUCCUUGGUAUCCCUCGAAAAACAAACCAUCCACACCCUUGCAGCCGCACGGAUAUACAUAUAUAAUGAAACUUUCUCAUGGAUAGCAAUCGAGAUGCAUCGUUUUUUCAGUCUAUCGAUGCGCCAGAACUACAGUCGAAUGCAGGAUCAGUGCAAGCGAGACCUUUGCUCGUCUGUGUGCCAAAUGCCAAUGGACCUUGCCCGAUCCAGGUGCCAGAGGUAGGUGAAGUAAUUUAACACAAAAGUCUGCAUCGAGCGGAAAUGCAGGAACACCGUAGCAAUUUCUCAUUCUCGUCCAAGUGUGAAAAUGCAACAACAAGAGUCAUAUGUAUGAGGGGAGUGUGUAUUUGUGUGUAGUUCGGUGUGGGAGAUUCAUGGGCAUGUCAAACUCACAUCCGACGAAAACAGAUAAUAGAAAUAACUAUUAAUCGAUAUAAAAAAGCACGACACUCGCUCGUGAGCAAUCAUCGCGCUGCGGACGCGAAUAUGCAAAAACAAAAAUAAAUAAAGCAAGGAAGAGUGGAAAUAAAUCAACAAAAGCUCCCACGCAACGUAAACCACCGUGUACCGGUGGUAAGCGCUGAUGUAAGUUAACGCCUCGUACGCAUGUUUCUAUGUAGCCGUAACGUAGUGGUUAGUGUCGACUUUUUUAGCGACCGGUUUUACUCCACCUUUGCUGCUUCUCCAACGAACGAACGAGCGCCUGUACAUAUCGGUCCGUUAGGAAAUAAAAACAAAACGUUAUAACCCACUGCUCAAAGCAUGUAAAUUAAGCAUAGCAAAAGCAAACAAACAAAUGAACAAACAAAUGAAACGACAACGACGUAGCGCUCGGUUUUGUUUCUUUUUUUUAUAUUUUACGUUCCUCUCUUAACUCAAAAUAGCGUUCGAACGGAAAAUGCAGCUGAGACCAAUUGAAAGUGCACAGAAGAAGAAAAAACAGUCAGAGGGACAGCUCAUGUAGUUUAUACUGUGGUUUGCGAAUCGUCCUUCUUCCGCCGGAUAGCGGCUGCCAUUGAAAGCACCAUGUUUUCAAAGUAAAACAAAACCAAACGCAACCGUAAACCAAAGCAAAGUGAAAGACAAAAAAUUGAGAUUAGUGUUUAGGCGUGGCAAACGGAGCGAUUAUCUGCCUUUAUCGUUCGCUGUGUGGCGCAUACGAAGCUUCCAGAAACGAACGGGGAGACCAGAUACCGCUUGUCACAUACUGUGUAAAUGCUAAGUAAAUUAGUUAAGACAAACAAAAGUAAAACGCUCCUUUCUGCGCACCGUGGACCGAGCCGGGUGUGACUGUUUGGAGACAAAUUAGUGCAAUAAGUAGUGGAAUGUAGCAGUUUCAAGUUAUCGAUGCAAUCGAUCGUUCAGAGAGCGAGAGGGAGAGAGAGAAAUCGUUGUAGCAAAGGAGAUAAUAUCGGAGAAUAAGUGCAUAGUGCAGUGCACUGAUAACUAAACCAUACUCGCUCAUCACAUAAAAGAUAUACUAUUCUACACAAACUCAUGCGCGAGAUACACUCCCACACACGAGCGCUUGGUUGAACAUUUCAAGCGUAGUACAAAUUAUUCAAUAACAAAUACUCGAAUAAUGCAACUUAAGUUUUAAAUCAAUUCUAAGCAUAGUUCAUGCGCUUGUGUCUGGGUAUGUAUUCGUGCGUGUUUGUGCGUAGGUAGAUUAACGAUCCACCACGAUCCACAACUAUGGUGUCAUCGUUCUUCGAAUAACCGUACUCACAAACGAUCUACGUUGGAGUUUGUGAGAUACUGGAAUGUAAAUAUCGUUGUUACUCUUUCGGUUGAUAAUGCUCGAUUACCGUGGAGAGUGGAUGCGAGUCAGCAUCUGAAGCGUGUUCACUAUUGCUUAUGUUUCAACUCGCUUUGAUAGUUUAACAAACUGUUACAAUUUAGAAUAUGUUUAAAGACUGUCCUAUUGGAAUUUAUAGCAACUACGGAAUGGUGGGAAAAAGUACUCAAUAACAAAACUCCGUUAAACGAGCUGUCUAAGAAAUGAAUUAUUUGCGCACUUUUCUGAUAAGAAAUGCAACAUGCGAUGAAGGCGAUCGAUAAAACAAGCGUUAGUUUUAAUUUGUGUCAUGCGAUUCUAUCUUACUCCAGAUUUUUACAAAAAAAAUUCAACCUCUUUCGAAGGUUGAUAUGGUAAUAUAUUUUAAACAUGCUUUCACAUCUUUAUUUCAAAUUUAAGCAUCACAUCUUUACACGUCACAAUGCUCUUGAAUAGAACAAAUGCUAUGAGAAAAGUACCCAACUUUGCGACCUUUGCGACCGCCGAUCCUUGACAUAUUCCUUCUCCUUCGAGUCGGAUCACGUCAUCCUCACACACACAAAUCUGCGCCCUAUUUACGGUCAAUCAGUUAUCUGAAAUGAAGGGUAUGAACCCUUUACCUUAUCGUGGCAAACCUAUCAGACCAGAACAAUUUUUUUUUAAUAAAUUUAAGCCCAUCCCAAAACUGGUUGAUAACUUUUUGCUUUCCCAAAAAAUGCUGUGGAACAGACAUGCAGAAAUUUGCCUUUCUGGCUAACCCGUGAGAUGAUUUCGCGAUCAGCGAGAUCGGUCGGUUGCGGUUGUAUUAUAUGGUCAAAUUAAUUUGUCAUCCUGCGGGCACCGUUUUACCGGUGUCACAUCGAAUGAACAACAACAAAGUGUAACAAAAAAGUGUACAAGUACAAGAUACUCUUCCUCUCGUUAAUCUGACCCUUUUGGCAGUAUGGUGGAUGAGAAAAAAGUUUCUUGUUUUGAGUGUUCCUUCGGGUCCAGCAGUAUUUCGGCCAUGAGCGUAGAGAGAAAAUCCUAAUAGAAUGAAGGUUAAAAAAAAGCUUAACACCCAUACCAGCCCCCGCCAUUAAUAUGGCGACUGGGCUACGACACGCUGUUUUCUUCCCUGGCAUGAGUUUUGACUUUUUCCGGAGGCUUCUGGCACCGAUUAUUUUUCAACGAAACGAAAAAAAAAACGCUCUCAGAUAUUUCAUUAUGAUUACCCCAAGCGUCCCUUGGACGCAAUGGACGCUGGGUCGCCUUGCCAUUCAGGUAAGGACAGUCUUUUCGGCGCACAGAAAGGAUACAAGUCAGGGGCCGGGCAAACAGAACAAAUCCCGUGGCUUCUUUCGACGGCGUGAAGUUGGAACCAUUCCCAACGAAAGGAAUGGGCAGCAACGACAACAUCCUAGGGGCGAACAAAAACACACACAAACUUUCGGGUAGGGAUUUUAAUUUCAGAACGCAUUAAUCACCUGUCAACGUCCAAUGUCCGGUGUCCGGUUCCCUGCUAGAAGUCAGUUACUUUUGAAUGGGCAACUGGCUGUUUUUUUUCGUCUCAUCGCGGUUCAUCUCACUUACUCGAACGUUGUCACCGUUUUUCGGUGGUAUGCUUUGAACGGUUGUCGUCCGUUGCGGUAGAUAACAAACGUACAAAAAAAACGACAUCUUACGAAAAGAACGUGCCGGAGGAGUUUAGAAUUGUAAAUAUAUAAAAAAGAAUCAGCCAGCCUUUGUCACUGUUACUGCGUGUAAAAGUUCUUGCUGUUUGAUAAUGGAGCACACACACACACAAUGAAUCGAAAUCUGGACUUUUUUGUAGAUUCUACGCCAGUAAAGUUUUUACUGUCAAUAGUCCGGGGCGGACAACGUUUCAAAUUUAUUCUCUAUCCAAUGGGUUGGGGUUUGCUCGGUGCCGGUGAGGAUGGUAUAUUUUUUCUUACACCUUUUCCUUAAGACGGCUACCAACCGUAGCUGUUACUAUCAGUCACGUAAAACACAUUACUUCAAUGCGCUGUUUUCCGUUCGCCGGCAAUGGAAGCAUACUUUUUUCAAUAGUAUUUUUUCGCUGCACAAAAAAGCGGUUGGUCAGCGGUGUAUCUCUGCUGGAGUAAUCGUUGCACAAAAAGAUAUAUAUUACGGUUUGCAGAUACUUUUCUUCACACUCAUUACAAUCUGUCGAAUGAAAGGUACACUGCGCUAAAUUAUAUAUAUCUCAAGUUUAAGUCGAGCAAACUAGGCAAAAAUGACUGUUGUUCGUGGUAAAUAAUUUUUUUCUGGAUCUAUGAUCAAAAAAGUUCCUGUAUUAUAGCCUCGACCUCGCGCCGGAUUUAAGGUAAGGUGAGUUAGAAGAAAGGAUUAAUUGAAAACCUACCGCUGUGAUUGCGAAACGACGACAUCGCAUGACUUGCAACGAUAAAUCAAGAGCGAUUUCCCAAAAAAAAGCGAGUUAGGUUGGUAAAGAAAGUUUCCAAAUUGACACACUGGCCGUAACAAUUUUGGAGGCAAACCACGAACCCGCUCGGAGGAUAAAUUUCUGCAGUAAAACCCCUUUAGAGUCAUCAAAAAGUAUACCAAUAAACACCGGUUUCACGACUGGUGUGGCCACUAUCAUGGCAUCGGCAUCAACAAACCCAUAAAUAUCUCUACAAACAAACCAUUCGUCAAAAGUGUUUAAAUCGACGGUAAAACACGGCUAGAGUGGCCAUCGCACCCACUACCCGAGCACGGUUUAGUGUUUGCAAACUUUUUCAAACAUAAAUUCCCUCACGCUUGAAAGUGAGGCCAGGGGUCCAGUUUUUGCCAUCAUAAAAUCACAGUUAAUCAAGAGUGUGUUCUUUUUUCGUUCUGGCCUGUCUGUGUGUGUGUGUGUAUCGUUUCGAGCCGCUUACGCGACGGGUUUGAUUAAUGAGAGGUGUAAAAAAUUAAUCUAAAACCCACCACACAAACACUCACGCAAAGCCGCCCCGGGUUGAGGCGCAUCGAGAUGAUCGUUAAACUGUGAAGCGUGUCUGGUUGUCGGAGUUUAAUACACCCGCUGACAGCUUCUCUAUUCACGCGCAAAAGCUCACUGAAACUGACACGCUGGUGCCGGUCUCUUAUCCGGGGCUUAGAUUUGACACUCAAACAAUUCCCCACCGCCGCCACAUGUAAGGUGCACUUUCUCACGUGCAUUUGCAACAACCCUUCCGCCUCACCAUGGACACCGCCUCGUAGCGUGAGCGGUUCGAUUCCGUUAAUAGCGUUUGUUUAUCCAGCCGUGCGAUUUUAUGCUACCCCUUGCUCUCUGCGUCGACACACACACACAUGAGUGCACACCGCUUUCACGAGCGCCGCACCGUACCCGGGCAACGAACGAUGAUAAAGGGGUUUCAGAGAUUUAGAAGGCAUGAAUACACACGACCGUCUAUCUCACCCGACGGUGCUGGUUAUCAGCGCGCCAGGAUACAUUGCUACUCCCCCCUCCCAAGCCCCGCCCGUUCACAGGACGAGCUGAAACGAAGCGUACGGUUUGCGAUGAAUUUAAUUGCUUUCGUAAUUACAUAAAUGCACAAGCAUCAUUUGCAUGCAGCUAAAGCCCUUGGGAGAAAGUGCGGCAAAGGGGUUUGGAAAGGGUUCAAAACACGAGACGUCGAAAGCUGGCUGGGCCAAUUUAGCAGGAUGUGGAAGCGAGUAUCCACAAUAAUCCGUGCACGACGAUAGAGCAGCAGAUCCACCUUCCAUAAGCGUUCCUCUUGGAUGAGCGUUUACAAUCUUUGUCUAUGUUGUUUCGCUACGGUGCACUGUUAUCCCUUCUUGAGCGUACCGGGACCAGGAGUGCUGCCCAGGGCACCGGUGAAACCAGCGGAAAGACUCAAACAAACUUGAACGUUCCCUGUGGCAUAUGUUCGGGCCAGGUGCACAGGUUGCAACGGUGUGGCGGUCCUUUUCCCUACCCCUGGCCGUUUAGAACGUUAGCUCCGCGAAUUGACAAGACAAAUGAAGUAAGCUGUUUACUGCUGGGUGUUGUCAGUGAUCGUGUAGCUAAACGGUUUCAUGAGCGAACGUCUCCCGCACGACGUGCUAGUUCGAGCAGGUGAUAAACUAAAGCGAUUAUUAAUCGAAAUCUAUCAACACGGGUCCUGUGUGGAAGGGUACACGUUCUUGAUUUGUUUGGAUUCAAUUAAACAAUCAACACUAUUUCAUCGUUACUUGAGAUCAGUUAGUAAAGUAGAAGCUGUGAUGAUUCUCAACUAAUUCGUGUCGACUAAUAAUGUUGUACUUCUAUUAUAGUUUUUAAAUGUCAUAUGUAUUGGAUAACUCGUGACCAAUUUUUUGUUAUUCAAAAAGAUCUACAUAAACUUGAGUACUACUUCCACUACAACUAGUCAACACGAAUGCUUACACGACUCAUCCAGACGCUCAUAUAUAUAAGGAAGCUUCGCUAUGCACGUCAUUAGACGAUAAAUUUGCAAUGACAGUCAUUGCUGAAAAUCCAUCAAUCUGCUUCCACAUCACCCAUUCGAACGGAAUUUUAAGUGAAGCUCAGAACAGUAGCAGGGCACAUCAGACUGAAAGGAAAAGCUGCUAAUAGCAUUCUCGCGCUGAUGCCCCAACACGCCUGUUCUUCGAUUCUGUUUUUCUAAACGCACACUAUGGCACGUACCACUGAGACAUUUGCCGGCGCGCUGAAUAAAGCACCCUUCAACCCGGCCAAUAAGUUUCGAACGGUCUAGCUUUAGGCCAUCCGUCCCUAUUAGAAAACCUCAUCUUUCUUCAUUAUAAAACAUUAGCUUCAUAAAAUAAAUCAAGCUGCAGUGGAGGUACAGGCCGGGGGUCGAUUUGCUUUCCCUUGCCAUUGGAGGAUUUUAUUUGUAAACUCGUUUGUGGCCGUUUGAAGAAAGCACAGAAAAGGCUCACCAUGAUUAUAGCAAACGAGCCCCUUUUCCCUUCACAAUGGGGGUAAAGGGCACCCCGAAAAGGAAAGCUCAUUGACGCCCUUCGUAUACUUCCUCGUAAACAAAUACUCGCACUAUCGCGUUUCUCGGCCUUCGGAUUUGUUUGUUCUCGUUUGGAGGACCGGUUUUUUUUUUUGCGAAUCGUAUUUCACCUAUGUAAAAAGGGUGUAAGGUCACUGUGUGGGUCGUUUGCAGAUCGGCUGCCAGCAGAUAGAAAUUGUUAGCACUGAAAAAGAGAAUCGGUUAAUGCUAAGGUACACAGGCGAGCGAACGGGUAGACCACACGAAUUAUGAGGGUAGGUAGCAAAUAGAGCUUCAAGCGCAAAGUGGACUGAUGAUCAAAAGCAAAUCUCUAGGGGACAUGAUAAAACCGCAAAGAAGGAUGAAAACAACGCUCGCUCAAAAAUCAUUAAAUUGCUGGAAAGAAUGGAUACAUUCUACAUUCGAUUAAAUUUACUACGGCAACACGGAGAGAGAGAGAGAGAGAGAGAGAGAGAGAGAGAGAUAGAGAGAGAGAGAGAGAGAGAAAGAGAAAGAGAGAUAUUUUUUGUUCGCGAAUAGUCAUUGGAGAUUUUUUACCCUUCUGUGAGCUUCCUGGAACUGAUUCUGGAAAUCUGACGGGUCGUAGCAAGAGCCGUCUUCCCACUCCCUUUACGCUAGUGAUUGGGUUUCGUUGAUUCCCCAAGCAUUUCCCCGCCCCCUGUACAGGUUUUUCUUUCGGCUCAUAAAAUCCGAUAAUAACCUAUCGAAAUGAACAAAACCCUUCCACUGCCUGGUAACCCUGGUGCCCUUCUAUAAGCUCUAGCACGAGUCGUUUUUUAAGCCCUCAUCAAAUAGUCCCCUCGCCACGGUUCGGUGAAAAAAUGGAGGAAGCUGAUUCGCUUGUUGUUUCCACCUUUGGUACAAGCGAGGUGCGACGAAAAUAAACGGAUAUCGAUAUUUAAUGGCCGAUAUGAAUCGGUUGGCGUUUAAACUGAUUAUUUCUUUUUAUGAUUACCAUAGUUAAAGCGGGUUAUAGAAUGGAACGAGAGAUUGACUGCACGCUCGAUCCGACUCGGCGCCAGUGAUGACGAACAUGAUGAUGAUGAUGAUGAUGAUGAUGAUGAUGAUGACAAUGAUGAUGAUGAUGGUUUCUGCUACGACCGUCAUUAUGGGGCAGCUUAGCAUCCAGGUGCACAUCAAACGUGGAGCUGAAAACCCGUUGUAAAGCUCGUAAAUAUUGCUAUCAGCAAAAUGAUUACAAACCGAUAACAAACAUACAAUUUGAGGCUGGUAGCAGUAACAAAAAAAUCUGUCUGGGCAAUUUUUAUUCGUUGACAAUAACACAUUUUGAUUACUUAUUUAUUGACUACGAGAUACAUGUUUGUUGCCCUCAAAACGAUUGAUAUAUGAUCGUGCAUAGGGUGAUGAAGCUUAUUGGUUAUUGGCUUAUAUUGGUUUAACUUUCCAUCAGAGAAAUGUACGAAUUAGCUACAUAGAGCAAUAACCAAAGUGUUACGUUAAAACAUUUAAAGCAUACGCCUGCAGGAGUUAUACUGGGCUCCAAACUCUUCUUCUUCUUCUUUGGCUCAACAACCGAUGUCGGUCAAGGCCUGCCUGUACCCACUUGUGGGCUUGGCUUUCAGUGACUAAUUGAUUCCCCCCAUAGCAGGAUAGUCAGUCCUACGUAUGGCGGCGCGGUCUAUUUGGGGAGUGAACCCAUGACGGGCAUGUUGUUAAGUCGUACGAGUUGACGAUUGUACUACGAGUUUAACUGGGUUCCAAACAUUUAAUGAAUAUCUUUCGAUUUUGACCCAUUCAAUCGCAAUUUAUUGCCAAUUUUUCGUCUAUUUCCACACUUCAUCAACGUUAAGAUUGUUUUCAUUCGACAGCUCACAUCAGUGUUUGAAUCAUCCACCAGGCGCCUCCACCUUGGUGACGUGUGAAUCAAACGCUUCAAAACAACAAACUUUCUGAUGCUAUCGUGAAGCAUAAGCUAGCAGACAAGAUAAACAACUCUCAAAGGAAAUCAAAUAUUCAUUACAUGUUGACGAACAGAAAUUUCUAGAGAAUCCAAAGAUUCUCAAGCGAUGUACGAUGCGCUGUGUGAUGAAAUAGUGAACGUCGUGUCAAAAGUGAUGCCUGAAAUACAGAAUUGAUUGACACGAUGGUUUUGAAGCAAGCAGGUGCUAUUGAUGUUUAUAUGUUGUGCUCAACCUUUUGAUAUCCAUCCUGUCCAUUUCAUUUAAAAAAUCAUCCAGAUAUCCUCCUGCAUCAAGUUUAACUUUAUCUACCUGCUGGGAUGGUUGAAUACAUGGAGAAAAAAUAUUUUUGUUGAUCAAUUUCAUCACAUUUAUGCUCGUUAUUUUGUAUCCGUUCUACCUGAAUAUUUCUUGUCAAUUUUGUGCAAAAUAAAAUUGCUACAUCUCUUCCCAGAACACCGGACCAUGACAAUUUCCUUCACCUUAACUAAUGAGCGUGUACGCUGAAACUCAGCUUCGGGUUGGCGUGAUGCGCAAUCAAAGCAUAGUAGUGUAGCAUUAUGCCCAUUAUCCUUAUCAUGCCAUCCAACUCACGCGUCAUGAGCAUGGAGGAAAAGUAAAGUUCAAUUAUAGGAUGCCAGGCGCUCGUAACAGUGGUAACGGUGCAACACAAUGCAAUAGGAACAGACAGCAAUUAAACAUUACGUCCAAGCGAGACGACAGAAAUGGAAACCCGUUUCUACUGGCAGCCCUCACCUAGACCAUUUAGCACGUGUGCAAGAACGCUGUACCAAAGGGUUUGCUGCACUCGGAUGGUAAUGCCAUCCUGGGCGAGGAUCUUGAGUGCACCUUGCAAGUUAGCUGUCAUCAGCACGUUUGCUCGUUCAGGCUCUCAGUUUGGCGUGGUUUGGCGAGGUGACCAGCCCACCUCUCCGUCACCUUCUUCGAGACACGGAUUUUCCGUUGGUCGUUGGAGGACUUUUUUUACACUCUGCUUCUGCAUCGUACACCACGUUGCAGCAUCACGUACGUUUGAUUUGCUUUUGCAGAAUCGCUUGAGCAUUCGAGCGUGGUUAUGUGGCUCUAUCGCAUACGAAGGCAUCGCAACAAAUUACACCAUCACCAUGAUGGUAUGGCCUUUGGCCAACUCUUCCCCUCCCGGGACCACAUCUAGCUAGAGCGCUCAUGUUGCUAGAUUCUGGCGCAACUGGUGCUUUCCUGUGUCGGAUUCGACUAGCGAACAAAAACAGCGUAAUCGGGUACAUCCUGUGGUGUUUUAACAAGUGAAGCCGCCGUCUAUCCUUUGUCACAGACGAAACUGAUGUCGUUCCAUUCCUCCGGCCCAUGCACGCAUCCGUGCUGCAUACGUAAAAGACCGACAAACGAUUCGCAUUCACACAUAUACGGUAACGGUUUGGACCGAACUGCAUUCAGUCCGCCCAUAUUCAGGGGCUGUAGUAAUUCAUCGCUGCUUUACCUCGCAGUUGUCUUUUCACAUACGUUAUUCUUUUGGAUGUAGUGUGAAGCAGUGCAGCCCAACACACACAGACCGUUAGUGUGUGCAUGUUGCAGCGACCGAUAGAAAAGUGUGCAUUUUUUGUACCGGUUCGGGAACAAUUGUAAUGAAUGGUUGAGCUACAGGAAAUAUGCAUAUUUCCUCUUUUGGCGUGCUCUUCUCUUUAGAUCGAAAAAGCUACAAGGUUUUUAGAAUGGAAAUUUUACACUCAAUGAUUGGUUUGUACAAGUUAAUACAUCUCAUUCAGUAAAAUUUAUUCAAUACAAAUUCAAAGAACUUUAAAUGUUAUAAGAGAUGUUCUAAAAAUUUAAAAAGAGAGGUCAAGAAGACUUUAAGGCUUUAAUGAUUUAUUACAAUGUUUUAUAGAUAUUGGAACGUAUCAAAAUUGAACUAUUGUCGUUUUCCUCCUUCCCUUUAACAUUCUUUAUUCUUAUUUUUUUUUUAUCGUUAUGAUGUUAUUCGAUUGUUUCUCCAUUAUACAUAGAAGGAAUAUUAAUAAAAAGAUAAAAUAUGUAGAAAUGAUUAUAUUUGAACAGCCUGAACUCUUCAACAUUAAUAUUUCUAAUUGAUAUUAUGUAGAUUAAAAUUGAAUUUUUGUGAUUUAAAACAUGAACCAGACUUUUCUCCAUUCGCAUUUUUUGUGUUUAUUCAGUAUUUAUGACACAGUAGUUAAGUUUCAUCGUUGGUAGCUAAAAAGGAAAAACAAAAAUCCGAUGCCGAUUUGUUCAUCUAUUCCUUGCAUAGCAAAAUCCCAAUUCCUCGAAAUUGUCCUACCAUUCGGCAUAAAUAACGCGAUUCCCACCGUGCCGGAAACGGAAGCCUCUCGUUUCCGAGUGUAUCGGUAGCAAUAUCUCUCGACGUUCAAAAAAGGUUUCAAUUUUUUGCUUCCUUUUUACAUUUCUGUUCGAUCUACUUGGCGGGCACAGUCAGCACGAUUCAUGUUGGUAUUGAAUACUCGAAACGAACCAAAAAUCACCUUAGGUGCUUUGAAGCAUCCUUAUUCAGUAAAUCAGUUUAGCAGCUAUACCUAUACGAUAAAAGAUAUGCUGCAGCGUUGGGAAUUGGCAGGAAGUUAAAUCAAUGAUCAAUGUGAUCAAAUUCGGAUAGAAAAAUAAUAAUGCCAACGAGACAGUAAGGUUUAAAUUUUACUCUCGAAUAUCUUUCAAGUUUCACCGGACAAUAUGCUCUUUACGACAUGUAAAUUUAGUAACUGCGGGAGUUUUAGUUACCAAAAUACUUGUUGACUAUGUUGUUUGGUUAAUUAACUUAGAAUGCAGGCAUCAGUGCAAUGUAUUUUCAUUGUAGCACCAGCAGGAAAUAUAUGGUUGCAGUUGUUUAGUCGACAAUGAGGCACUAUACAUCCAAAAUAAUUAUCUUAUUCCCACUGUGCAGUCUCCGAUGAAAUGUACCAAUGCAUGCUUCGGAAGAAGCUAUUGCCUAGCAAAAACCAUCAGUGCUUUGCGAAUCGCUUUGCGCCACCAAAUCUGUUGUCACCUCCCGGGCGCUUUGAAAUAGAACCUGCAAAACGGAAGAAGCGACACGCCCAGCACACGUACCCAGUAAUUCAAUUCGCUGCAAAACGAUGCUUAAAUUGGAUCACCGCAGAGUCAAUGGAAGUGGGAAAGAAUGGAAAAGGAUUCACUUUCUUCAAUCCUGGUCUGUCGGGAACAGCAAGAUUUAGUGAGGUUGUUUUUUUUAUAUUCCACACAGCUAUUCUCCAUGCCAUUGCGGGAUAAAUGAUGCUCUUGGUGGUUGCCAACAUUCCGUGUCUUGUUCCAUGAUAUUGAGAAUACUUUUUGCAAGCCGGAUAUUCUGUGCCGAAUCGCUUGUUUAUGUGAUUCAUCUCAAGCAUGUGCUUGGCAAGGGUUUCGUAAGCGGGUGGAGUUUUAAAUUAGUUAAAUGCUUUAAAUAGUGGUUAUUUCUUUGUUUGUAAAUCUAGGUGUAAAAAUAUAACAGAAAAAGGUCUCAUUUUACCUUAAUGUUAAAAGGCGAUUUUACGUAAGGAGAUUGAUGCUUACGAUGUAAAUAUGAUUGGUUCAGGGUUUAUAUGUAAAAUAAAUCUGUAAAGAAGUUAAAAAUAAUUAUUUUUUUUUACCAAUUGAAGUUGUUGAUACUUCAAAACCGGUAUCAACGAUUUUCUAUGUAUAUGUACUCUUAAGCCGUGACUUCAUUUGUUGCUGUUCCUGCAAGUAAAUCGAAAUAAAUAUUAUUUUUGGUGUGUAUACACAUCACACCAUUGUACUGAUAGGACUUCUCUCAAUAGAAACCGUUUCUUUACAAACGUUGUCAAUACCAUACAAAUAGACCGCACAUGUUUGCCACGAACGGUCGGUUUAAGAGCAAAUCUAAACGAUGUUAACCAAUUGUCAUACGAUCCGACUCUGCCGUACGGUUUAUCCUCUUAAUCCAUUUAAUCCAAAGUGGAAAUAUAUGAAAAGCUGCACCACUAAACGAUCCAUUCAUAUCUGAAUGUUUCUUUAUCCAUUCACAUGGGCUGUAUUUAUCCUAGAAAAAAGAAUACAUAAUUCAAUGCAACACAUACCAUGCUUCGUGCGUCAUCACCCAUGGUCCUGGUUGUUUGGACAUGAUUUUUUUUCCAUAUGCAGGGGCAUUUUUUGGCUUAGUGUUCAAAGCAUCGAUUGACUUUCUCCUACCUCAUACGAAUGUAUCUACAUUCUGUACAUGCCCUCCUCGUUCGCUCUGUCUGGUCAUUGGACGCGUCAUCGUCACCAUCAGCCCGUGAUUAUCAUUUAUUGAAUUUGAUUCGGACAAAUUGUGCCUCACAUAAUCAAUCAAUCAGAGCAGCACAACAAAGCAAAAGCGCCAAGCGCCGACCCCCGUGCGCUGUUGCUGAAAUGCUUCAUUUAGUCGUACUGUUCAGUGCUCGAACAGUUCGAAUACAUCCUGCAGGGAGCACAGCGGUGAAGAUAUGAUUGGUCCUGCUGGAGCUACCGGCAGACGGCAAAUUCGACUAUCGAAUGGAGGGAAAUCAAUUUGUAAACGUCACAAUAAAUCCCAUCGCAUCAAUAAACGAGAGCAUGCUUGAAUGCAUCCGUUUUGGGGACUGUUUGUCACUGGUGGGAAUUGCCUCCCAUUGCCCGUCGUAACGUGAACUGGAGGCAACAUGUUUACAACAUUAAAAAACCUUGUAAACGGGUGACUUUUUGAUAAAAGACUUGCACCGUUACCUAGAUGCACUUUGA